AUGAAAUUUUCUACACUCUCUGUAACUCUUUUCGCUGCCUAUACCAUGGCAGCUCCCAUUGCUGAGGCUGAUGCAAGACCUGAAGCAGGAUUACACAGCAGUGGCUAUGGUAGCUCUGGCUCUUGCACAACCUGCCGUGUUAUUUCGGGAGGCACUGGCAUCACUGGCAUCACUGGCAUCACUGGUAUCACCGGUAUUAAAGGUAUCACUGGCGGCACUAGUGGUAUUACAGGUAUUACUGGAGGCACUAGUGGUACUACCGGGUCCACUGGAGGCACCACUGGUACUACUGGAACCACUGGGGGUACAUCUGGUACUACUGGAGGCACAUCUGGUACUACUGGAGGCACAUCAGGUACUACUGGCGGAACAUCUGGAACCACUGGCGGCACUGGUGGCUCGGGUACUACCACAACCACUACUGGCGGUGGCUCUGGCGGCACUGGCGGUUCCGGUACCACUACCACCACCACUACUGGCGGCGGUGGCACCACUACUACUACCAAUAGCAACAACAAUAACACGAGCAACAACUCUGUGACUAACAAUAACACGAGCAACAACACGAACAAUAACAACAAUACUAACAACAACAAUAAUACCAAUGACAACACCAACACUAAUAAUAACCCUAACACCAAUGUUAAUACUAACGGCAAUACCAACGGCAACACUAAUGGCAAUACCAACGUUGGUCUUAACCAAAACUACCAGUCCAACUUUGCGUCCAACUUUAACGUUGUGCCAGUGUAUGUGACAUCUGGCGGUCUCUUGACUAUUGGUUCAAGCACUGGCUCGCCCUUUAGCUUCAAUUUGCAGGGCAGCUCGCUCAUUUGCAGCACUCCUGGGUUUAAUAGCGGUUCUGUGGCUAUCAAUGGCAACGGUGCUUUGCAAGUUGGUGGGGGUUCCGGAACCACUUGGGUUUCUUCUGGUGACUACAUUGCACCUGGAAGUUCGUCACUUAUUGCUUGCCCAUCCAGUAGCAGUGGUACUUAUACCAUCUAUAGCGACGCGUCGUGCUCUGGUGGCAAGACCGUUGCUUUCAAUACCGAUGGUUCAUGCGGUAUUUCCAAAUAA